AUGUCCCCUGAUGCCGCAGAAUUUGUCCGCACGAAAGUAUGGUGGCCUGGCAUGUCCCCUGAUGCCGCAGAAUUUGUCAAUUUGACUCUUGCCAGUUCAGCUCCGGCACAACCACCACCACCGCUAAAGCCAACUCCUCUCUCCGAAGCCUCAUGGCUUUACGUAGGAAUGAAUUUUGUAUGUCCCUUCCCCACUGGAGAGAAUCUAGUCGUACUCGUCGAUUACUACAGCCGCUUCCCCGAAGUUGAGAUCAUGAGGAGGAUCACCGCUGCCGCUUUAGAACCUCGUUUACGCCGAAUCUUUGCACGGUAUGAAGUGCCGAAAGGAAUCGUCACUGACAAUGCGCAGACAUUCUGUUCGACCCAUUUUGCAAACCUGAUGGCUGAAUACGGCAUCAAACAUAGAAAGUUCACGCCUCUCUACCCACGAGCAAAUGGCGAAGUGGAACGACUCAAAAGGAACAUCAACAAGGUAGUGAAAACAGCCAUCGCAGAAGGACGCAACUGGCGCUUCGCCCUCGACGACUGGUUACUUGCGUACCGAAACACAUCCCACUCCGUCACAGAUCAGGCUCCAGCGGUGGUGAUGUUUGGCCGUAACCUCAACGACGAAUUACCUGCAAUAAAUCCCACCUCUCCUAAAGCGACGGACUCCGCCUCGAUCAGAGAACGUGACACGAGAAAGAAAGAAAAAUCGAAACAAUAUCACGAUAACAACAACAAGGUAGCUCCAUCUACCCUGAAGGUCGGCGACACCGUCGCGGUUCGCAACGAGAACCAGAGCGAACUGAGCCUACACUGGCUCAAGACUCCAUUAAAAGUUACGGCAGUAAAAGGAGAUUCAGUAUUUUUGGAAGGGGAGAAUCAACGCCUCAUACGACACUCGGCGGUCGUCAAGAAGCUACCGAAAAGCGGAGUCCUUCCUCAUGAUCCACCAAACCAAAGAGACGUACUGAAGCUUAAGCACACAGAUGCGAAGUAUUCACUCAAAGAAGCCCUCCGUCGUAUUCGGAAAAAACAGAAUAUUAUAGAACAGUUGUGUUAG